GCUGGCGCAAGUAUGGCCACCCCCAGGCUGGAGAAGAACUUUUUGCGGCUGCUGGUGAGAUGCGAGUCGAUGGCGGCGGAGAAGAGGAACGAGAAAGACUGGCGCUUCGAGAAGUAUGUUGAAGCUCUUCAAGAAAUGUUGACUGAAUUGAAGAAGCACAUGAGUAAACCUACUCCUGAAGUUCUAAAUGAAUAUAGCCGCAAAGUGGAGUUCAUGAAAGGGCUUCUGGAGGCAGAGAAACUGCCCAACCCUUCUGAAAAGGCUCUGGCUAAUCAGUUUUUAGCCCCUGGGCGGACUUCAACGACUGGUAAGGAGCGGGUAUCUGCCACCAAGACUGUCCACCUGCAGACGAAAGCCAGGUACACGGGAGAGAUGAGGAGCGAGCUCCUUGGUGAGCCAUUGCUCUCUGCUGACGGUUCGGGUGUCACGGAACUAAGGAAGCGAAGUGGAAUGGGAGAUGAGAAACAGUCGGCCUCUGAGAUGGAUACCCUCCUCCACCACCACCACAACGUGCAGGAGCGCCUAGCGGAGGAGAUGCUGAACCUGGCCCGGAACCUGAAGAACAACACACUGGCGGCGCAGAACGUCAUCAAGAAGGACAACCAGACGCUGACUCUGUCCUUGCGGAUGGCGGAUCAGAACUUCGAGAAGCUGAAGGUGGAAUCGGAGCGGCUGGAGCAACACGCAAAGAAAUCUGUCAACUGGCUGCUGUGGCUGAUGCUGGUCGUAGUAUGUUUCAUCUUCAUCAGUAUGAUCCUUUUCAUUCGCAUCUUCCCCAAGCUGAGGUGAUCAGAGUGUUGCCGGUUCUCCUCUGGGCCAUAGACCAUGGUGGGGGCUGGAGUCAAACUGGGAUCCUCCCUCCUUCUGGACACACAAAGGCUUGCUCAUUUUACUGAAAUACUUUGCAGAAUCCAAGCGCCCAGUGCAGCCUGAUCUCCCCUGCUACCUUCCAUUACGUGCACCAAGAGGAUUUUAAUCCAAGAGUAAUAAAUUAUUGAAAGAUGCUGACAUGUUUGCGAGGUCCUGAACCACAAACUUGUUUCCCAUGCCUUGUGUUUAUGCACAGGUACUUACCGACACGGCCCGAGAAAUCAUUAGAACACUUUUUGAAACUGGAGCAGCAACUUGAGAAGCAGUGUUUUGAUUUGAUGAUCUAUUUUAUGACUUAUCACUAUCAGAUGAUGUUUAUGUGAUUUCCUUAACAAAAUAGACACCUCGGUACCACAGAAGCCACACUGAGCGAGCUGUCAGGCAGAGUCACGUAAGAAGAUUCCAGGAAAUUGGAGAUGGGAUGAGAUGGUGGGAGGAAGGGGAAUGGAUUGAGGAACUUCCGGAGAUUGGAGCCCACGCACCUGGAAUUAAUAUUGCCACAGAGACAAGGUGAUGUGUACAAUCUCUGGAUCUCUAGAUUUAGGGGACUGGAAGCUUCUCUGUUGAAGAAGGGGGGUGAGGAGGUGGUCUGGAGGGUCUUCCAGCAUGACACAGGAUCAUGUACAGGACAACCUCGGCUUUGUACUUCAGAAACCACCUAGUUCAUUAACGGGGAGACCCAGGAUCUGUUGCAGUUGGUGCAAUUAAGUGAUGGAGCAAGGUACUGUCUCCAGUGACCUGGAAAGUCAUCAUUUGUCAUGGUCUCACAGCAUGGAAACUUCCAUUCAGCCCAUCAUGUUCAUACUAAGCCAUGGAUACCCACCUGUAUUAAUCCCAUCUUCCAGUAUUUCUCCCAUAGUUGUAUAUGCCUAGGUGAUUUACGUGUCAUCUUAGACAUCUCUCAAAUACUGUCAACCACUCUCUGUUGGCGCUCUAUAGACGAACAAGGACUCCCUCUGAUCACAUCCAAAUCUCUCCCUCAGUCUUUGUCCUCCUUUUUUAUUCACCUCUGGCAAAGAGGCAAUUUUCCUACAGUCGGUCCUAUUUUAAUUUAGUGUAUUGGUCCUAUCUUUUUAACUUAGUGCAUUGGAUGUGAGGUGAAUUAAGUGUUUUGGCAGUGACUUCAAUAGUUACAUAGCUUGAAAUGCUUGGUGACCUGGCUAACAGGUGAAGUUUGGCAUCUAGAUGUCAAUGGACAAGGGCCUGGAACCGUGAAUGUUCAGAAAGAAAGUUGUGAACAGUAAAAGAUCCAAAAACCAAUUACUUUUGCAAACCUUGAAGUUAUAAAGCACUUAGAAUAAAAUGAACUGUUCUCUGAAUUUCCAAUUUUCAUUGGGUAAAACAUUUUUAGUUUAUGAAUUCUGUCUGGAUAUAACUAUGGUCUUUGAAUAUUAUCAUCUAAUUUAAAUGUUCCUCUAAGUAUUGCAAACCCAGUUGCUAAUAACUCCAUACUCACCUGAUGAUCAAGUUAUCAAUGAUGUUUUACUUUGCUAUGUGAUGAACUGAAGCUGAGGCUGAGAGUCUGUUCCAGGCUUCGCGAUUGACUCACUCACAUUCUAAUGUGAUUUGCUUACUUUCAUUGUUUGCAUAGUUUGUUCUUUGGGUGUUUGUUGGUCUUUUUUUUAAAUAGGGUGCUUUUGGGUUUCUUGUUUUGUGGCUGCCUGUAAGUAGACGAAUCUCAAGGUUCUAUAAUGUAUACAUACUUUGAUAAUAAAUGCACUUUGAAAUUAUGAUAUAAUGUUGAUAAUGUGCAAAACUGAUGCGAGUGUUAGAGAACUGAAUCCUCAUUUGCUAAUAAACUUAAU